AUGGCUUUGGCACUGCGAAGCGUCCAGAAAUCGCUCUCUCUCCCUUGGGCGAGAACUCUCCUCCCAGCAACAGCUCUCUUCGCCACAACCCUUCCUCGAAUUUCAAAUUGGUCAAUACAAUCCCUCCUUGACCUGUUUCCACCAGUCGUAUUGGCCGUCCCCAAGAAGAAGGUUUCCCAUUCGCGCAAGGCAAUGCGAAGUUCCAACAAGGGCUUGAAAGACAAGCAAAACAUCGUCGCUUGCCCGGGUUGUGGCUCACCCAAGCUCUCCCACCACUACUGUGAAACCUGUUACAGUGAACUCACGCGGCAUUGGAAAGCAGAAAAGCGACAGAACAUUUCAUAG